AGGAGAAACAGCCGGUCUCACCGGCACAGAGCAGGACUCAGGUGUCACUUGGGAGGUAGAGAGCACCUGUUCUCCCACCUGAACAAGGAUGGAGAACAAAGAGACGGGAACCCCUCCACUCAUUCCAUCCAGGGAGGGGGGGCUCCAGCUCACGCUGCUGCUUACGACACUGAGCAGCGCCUUUGGCUCAGCCUUCCAGUACGGCUACAACAUCGCUGUGGUCAACACGCCGCACAAGGUCUUCAAGUCAUUUUACAAUGAAACCUACUUUGAGCGGCACGCAACCUUCAUGGACGAGAAGCUCAUGCUGCCUCUGUGGUCCUGCACUGUCUCCAUGUUUCCUCUGGGCGGCUUGUUGGGGUCCUUGAUCGUGGGCCUGCUGGUGGAUAGAUGUGGCAGAAAGGGGACCCUGCUGAUCAACAACAUCUUUGCCAUCAUCCCCGCCAUUCUGAUGGGAGUCAGCAAAGUGGCCAAGGCUUUUGAGCUGAUCAUGUUUUCCCGAGUGGUGCUGGGAGUCUGUGCAGGCAUCUCCUACAGCGCCCUUCCCAUGUACCUGGGGGAACUGGCUCCCAAGAACCUAAGAGGCAUGCUGGGAACAAUGACCGAGGUGUUUGUCAUCGUUGGAGUCUUCCUAGCACAGAUCUUCAGCCUGCAGGCCAUCUUGGGCAACCCGGCAGGGUGGCCGGUGCUUCUGGCCCUCACGGGGGUGCCUGCACUGCUGCAGCUGCUGUCCCUGCCCUUCUUCCCCGAGAGCCCCCGAUACUCCCUGAUUCAGAAAGGAGAUGAAGCCACAGCGCGACAAGCUCUGAGAAGGCUGAGAGGCCACGCAGACAUAGAGGCUGAGCUGGAGGACAUGCGUGCGGAGGCCCGGGCCGAGCAUGCCGAGGGCCACCUGUCGGUGCUGCGCCUCUGCGCCCUGCGGUCCCAGCGCUGCCAGCUCCUCUCCAUCAUCGUGCUCAUGGCUGGCCAGCAGCUGUCGGGGAUCAAUGCGAUCAACUACUAUGCAGACACCAUCUACACAUCUGCGGGCGUGGAGGCCUCUGACUCCCAGUACGUGACAGUGGGUGCUGGCGUGGUCAACAUAGUGAUGACUGUCAUCUCGGCUGUCCUGGUGGAGCGGCUGGGACGGCGGCCCCUCCUGCUGGCCGGCUACGGCAUCUGCGGCUCUGCCUGCCUGGUGCUGACAGCGGUGAUCCUAUUCCAGAACAGGGUCCCUGAGCUGUCUUACCUCGGCAUCAUCUGUGUCUUUGCCUACAUCGUGGGACAUUCCAUUGGGCCCAGUCCGGUCCCCUCGGUGGUGCGGACCGAGAUCUUUCUGCAGUCCUCCCGGCGGGCGGCGUUCAUGGUGGACGGCGCGGUGCACUGGCUCACCAACUUCAUCGUGGGGUUCCUGUUCCCAUCCAUCCAGGAGGCCAUCGGUGCCUACAGUUUCAUCAUCUUUGCGGGAAUCUGCCUCCUCACUGCGAUUUACAUCUACCUGGUUAUUCCUGAGACCAAGGGCAAAACAUUUGUGGAGAUAAACCGCAUUUUUGCCAAGAAAAAUGGAGUAGAGAUUCCAGAGGAGAAGAAAGAAGAAACCAUUGCUGCUGGGCCUCCCGUGCCCUCUCCUGCCAAGGAAACUUCCUUUUAGUGGCCCUGCAAGACGGACAGCAGCCGUAUUUAAGGCUUCCUUCUAUGAGAAUGGGCCUCCCGGCCCCAGGAUCUGGGGAGGAUAACAGCACUGAGGCUUUUGUCGACCCCCCCAUUUAAUUUAAUUAUGGAUAUUAUUAAAUAUCCACAACAAUGCAUGUUUAGCUGAGAAAUUCCAGGGCUAGCCGCUGAGAGGAAUGACCUGGAAGAAGGGGCAGGCAUGUGAAUUUUGAUUGGUUAAGAUUCAAUUCUCCCAGUUCUACAUUGGUGCCAACAUUUAAAUGACGUAUAGAUGCACUUUUUUAAAGUAAAACUUUUCGGGAUCCACAAUUGUGGUGGAGACCCACAUUGCCAUCAUUGCGUCGCUGAGGGAGUUCAGGGUUCUGAAUGCCAUUGCCUUCCUGGCGACGUGGCUGCAGAUUGCACCAUGGAUCCCAGCCUGCGUGCCCAGCUCCGUCCUGUCCAUCACAGGUGCCACGGGCA